AGAUUGAGAUGUUGAAACAACAUCUUAAAUAGCACACAAAAAUAAAUUUUUUUUCGGAUCACUGCAAAGCUUGGACGUUCCACAUGGACGCAAACAUGUUGCCAGCAGUGCCACAGCUGAGCGAGCCGCCGCCACUGCCGCAGCAGCAGAAGCAGUCGCAGGGCAAGCAGAGCUUUACCAUUACCGUCGACGCAGAGGGCAAGAUACAAGUAAAUCCACAACAAGAGCAAAAGCUGGACAACGUUCACCGCAGCUUGCAGCUCAAUGACAACGCCCAUAAGCAAAAGCAAGUAGGCAAGCAACGCAUACGCAUUGCUAUUAUCGAGGAAGCGGGCAGCUCGGAUGACGAGCCGGACACAGCGGCGGAUAAGAGUGAUAUAAUCAGUAUCGAUGCGCAGUCGCUUGAGGCUCUGACCCACACGGGUGGACUGCCUCGCUUUGUGAAAAUCUACAAUAAGGAUAAGCCCUCGUUUGUGGUACUGGAGGAUGCGCUAGUGCGCAAGCGCAUUGAAGAAGCCGCCUGCCAUUGUCAUGCGCAACAGCAGACCACCCCCAACGACUUUGGCGCACACACGGGCUCACAAACGGACGAGCUACUUCUACCCAAAGGACAUAAUAGUAGCAGCCAAACUAUUAAACAGCCUCGCCUCAAUCGCCUGCGCGCCAUCAGCAAGCGUAGCCUCAGUCUGCCGGCAAUGUGUUGCUAUCGACAAAUGCAGCAGUCACCAAUAACUUCAGCUAGCGUCCAAACUAAAAGCGAUGUUGCGCCACAUGUUAGCAUAAGCGUGAUGUCGCCCACACCCGCUACAAUUAGCGUGCCACAGUAUCGACAGCAGGCACAGCAACAACAACAGCAGGAACAAUUUGUAUCAGUGCUACAGAAUACCUCCCCCUGGCAAACACUCACGCCUGGCACCACCGUUAUGUCAGCAACGGCCACUAAUUGCAGUUGCUGUUUAAAGCCGCAGCUAAUACCACGACAGCAACAGCAGUUGCUGCUACAACAGCAGCAGCAGCAGCAGCCGCAACAACUCGGCUUACCAGCUUAUGGCAACUGUUGUAGCAGCUGCUGUAUGUUGCGUCCAGUUAUGGCACAAACCUCAAUCGGCUGUUGUCAAUGCAAUUCGCCAAUGUUGCUGACGCCGGAGCAACAACAGAACUUUCCAUAUGCUGGCUGGCCAUCUGCAGCGAUUAAUCCUUGCUGCUAUUAUCCUACCUAUGGCCCCUACAAUAUGAGUAGCUACGAUUUGCCGCAAUGUGCUUGCUGUCAAAUGCCAAUGCUACACCAGCAACAACAACAACAAUGCAAACUUUGCGGUAACAGCUACAAUUUUAAGCAAUCACCACAGCAACGAGCUUUUGACAGCUAUCAGUUAAACAAGUUGCAGCCCACUGAACCACCUGUACGGCAUGAUCGCACUAGAAAGCACCACAGCAGCAUGCAAAUAUCCAAACCUAAGCCACAGCAACAACAACCAGAGCCACAGUUUCAGCUAGAGAGCAGUGGCUCACAGUUAGCCGUCAAGGAAAAAAUUACCAAGAAACUAACCUUACAAGAAGCUCGACCCAAGGCUGGUGCCUCGGUGGGAGUAUCGGCCAGCAGCAAACUCUAUUUGGCACGCUUUGGACGCACCUGUUUGAUACUGAAACCCACCGCAGCAACACGCAUUGGCACAACGGCUAAGCUACUAACAAAACGCAUUUGCCGUUACACGUCCAUGAUGGCCUGGCCAAGUCACAAGAAACGAACAGAACUGAAAUUGUAAAAUUAUAGUUAAAAACUUACAAAUCAAUAAACAGAAGUCUGAUCCGAAAAAAAUAGAU